UGGUGGUGGUGCUCGAAGUUGUCGCUGUUUCAACAUGUGUAUGUCAAAUUGCAACUGGCUCGCUCGUUUAAACACUGUACUAUAAUUGUUGUGACCAGAUUUCUCUGAGGUUUUUCUAGCCGUUUCUGAAUCAUGAGUGGCUCCAAACCAGACAUCCUGUGGUCUCCUCACCAUCCAGACCGCUAUGUCAUCUGUGACUCUGAGCUGGGACUGUAUCGUAUUGGACCUGUGGGCAGUGCAGAAACCAAAGCAGGCACUCUCCCACUCUCUGAAGAAACUGCUGCCACUUUACUGGCCAUUAACUCUGACACUCCUUAUAUGAAGUGUGUGGCUUGGUAUCCAAAGCAUGAGCCUGAGUGUUUGCUCGCUGUGGGCCAAGCUAAUGGCAGAGUGGUUCUCACCAGCUUGGGUCAGAGCCACAACUCCACAUGCAAAGAGCUUGUGGGGAAAGAGUUUGUGCCCAAGCACGCUCGUCAAUGCAACACUUUAGCCUGGAAUCCAGUGGACAGCAAUCUGCUGGCCGCCGGGCUGGAUAAGCACAGAGCUGACUUCUCUGUCCUCAUAUGGGACAUCAGCAGUAAGUUUUCCCCAGAGGCGAGCGUAGCAGCUGAGAAGAUCCGUCUUUCGUCUGUGGAUUUGGACUCCAGCUCAGUAGUGACCAAACCGUUGUACGAGUUAGGUCAAAACGACGCUUGCCUGUCCCUGUGCUGGCUGCUGCGUGACCCCAAGCUGCUGUUGGCCGGUAUGCACAGGAACCUGGCCAUAUUUGACCUGAGAAACACCAGCCAGAAGACGUUCGUCAACACCAAGGCCAUCCAGGGGGUGACGGUGGACCCGCACUUUCAUGAUCGUGUGGCUUCCUUCUUUGAGGGUCAGGUGGCCAUCUGGGAUCUGAGGAAGUUUGAGAAGCCUGUGCUCACAUUGACUGAGCAGCCCAAGCCUCUGACUAAGGUGGCUUGGUGCCCGACUCGUACUGGCCUGCUGGCAACUCUGACACGUGACAGUAACAUCAUCCGCCUGUACGACAUGCAACACACUCCCACGCCUAUCGGAGACGAGACAGAGCCCACUAUCAUCGAGCGCAGCGUGCAGCCCUGCGAAAGUCAGAUCGGCAGCUUCGCCUGGCACCCGUCCUCUCAGAACCGCAUGGUGGUGGUAUCGGCAGCCAACCGAGUCAUGACCGACUUCACCGUGUUCGAACGCAUCUCGCUGGCCUGGAGCUCCACCACCUCGCUCAUGUGGGCGUGCGGCAGGCACCUCUACGACUGCGUCGAGGAUGGGGCAGAAGGAGUGGAGAGCGUGAUUGAGAAGGACAUUGCCACCAAGAUGAGGCAGAGGGCUCAGUCCAGAUACGGGCACGAUACCGUCCAGGUGUGGAGGAACCACCUGCUGGCGGGAGGGAACGACCCCCAGCUCAAAUCUCUGUGGUCUGACCUGUUUUAUAUGAAGCAGUGUGCAGAGGAUAUGGAGCUGAAACUGCAGGGGAACAAACAGUCUGUCGUCUACUCUGGUAUCAAAAACAUUGUGAAGACCAGCUCAGGCACGACAGAGAGCCGCAGGUGCUGGAGCGGCUCGGACCGUCAGACGGAUGUGUCGAGGUACCAAAGCGAGGAGCGCAGCCUCGCCCUGCGUCUCUGCGGCUGGAUCAGCCGAGGGCCCGACAUCGACGUGGAGCCCUUCCUGCGAUCCCUGGAGCAGGAGCGCGAGUGGGAGCGGGCGGCCGCCGUGGCUCUGUUCAACCUGGACAUCCGCCGGGCGAUCCAGAUCCUCAACAAGGGAGCCACUGCGGAGAAAGGUGACUUGAACCUGAACGUGGUUGCCAUGGCUCUGUCAGGCUACACCGAUGAGAAGACGUCCCUGUGGAGGGAGAUGUGCAGCUCUCUGAGGCUGCAGCUGAAGAACCCCUACCUCUGCGUAAUGUUUGCCUUUCUCACCAGUGAGCCCGGAGCGUAUGACGGCGUGCUGUAUGAGAGCAGUGUCGCUGUGAGGGACCGAGUAGCCUUUGCCUGUAUGUUUCUCAGCGAUGCACAGCUGCCUCGAUACAUCGACAAACUAACCAACGAGAUGAAGGACGCAGGUAACCUGGAGGGCAUCCUGCUGACGGGGCUGACUAAAGAUGGCGUAGAUCUCAUGGAGAGUUAUGUGGACCGUACUGGAGAUGUCCAGACUGCCAGCUUCUGCAUGCUGAAGGGUUCCCCGGGUGAAGUGUUGAAAGACCCUCGAGUCCAAUGCUGGAUCGAAAACUACCGAAACUUGCUGGACGCGUGGAGAUUCUGGCACAAACGGGCCGAGUUCGACAUCCACAGAGGAAAGCUGGACCCCAGCUCAAAACCACUGGCCCAGGUGUUUGUAAGCUGCAACUUCUGCGGGAAGUCCAUCUCCUACAGCUGCUCGGCGAUGCCUCACCAGGGCCGCGGCUUCAGCCAGUACGGUGUGAGCGGCUCACCCACCAAGUCAAAAGUCACCAGUUGCCCCGGCUGCAGGAAGCCGCUGCCACGCUGUGCCCUCUGCCUCAUGAACAUGGGCACACCUGUUUCCAAUUGCCCAGGAGCGGGGAAGUCAGAUGAGAAGGUUGACUUAACAAGGGAGAACAAACUCGCCCAGUUUAACAACUGGUUCACCUGGUGUCACAACUGUCGACACGGCGGCCACGCUGGCCACAUGCUCAGCUGGUUCAGAGACCACACUGAGUGCCCAGUGUCAGCUUGUACGUGUAAAUGCAUGCAGCUGGACACCACAGGAAACCUGGUGCCUUCAGACAGCAGCUAAACAGGAGGAACCUGUGUAGGAAUCUGAAGCCAAACACCAGCCUGAAGCCAACCAGUGCAGGUUCACUGCUGUGACCCACCACGCUGACAACUGGGGCAAAGGACAAAGGGUGCCAGUAGUGUCCUUCUCUGAAGUGACUGCUCGAAUACAAGGAAAUUCUGUUAAGUUAAUAGUCUAGUGUUGGGCUGUGCGAUAUGACGGUAUACAUAUAUAUAUAUCCUGUGACGAUAGAAAAGUGUCUACAUUUCAUAUUAUGCUCUGUCGUUUAUUUUGUUGUGUAGCACAUCACACUCUUUAUGGCAAUAUUUUCCAUCAUUUGGAGUAAUUUAUUGCCUGAAUAAAUUACUCUAAUUCAGCUUUUUACUCAGUAUGAGUAAAUUAAUCUGUGUAAAAGAUGGACAAGCGACAGGUGGUGCACGUUGAGAAGCUUGUACCUAAAAGAGGGGCUACUUCUGUGGCAUGGAAGUGGUUUGAAACUAUUUAUUCAUUAAAUUUACAGAAAAAUGUUCUAUAUGGUGAUAUGUAUUGGGAUAUGCGAUUUGGGUCAUAUCGUACAGCCCUAGUCUAGUGAAUGUAAUAUUGUAACAGAGCCCGAUAUCAAGAAGGGAGGCAGUGUGUGUUACUGAUCUAACUAACUGAAUCAAUGACAGAAAGGGAGCAAAUGCAAACUCACUGCUCUGCUUAAUGAUGAAAAAUCUGAAAUCCCACUCAGGAGACUUACAAGAGGCUCUGCUGUAAUCAGCCUCUUCCAAUCUAACCUGAAUCAGGAUAAUGGUUUUUGUUGUGAUCUGUUUAAAAAAAAGAAAAAAAAGAAGAAGAAAAUAAUCAAAAUGUCCACUCACACAUCAGGUUGUUAAGAUGUGAUCACAGGUGCCAAUACGUCUGAGCUAUAUUUUGUGGCUUGUGUUUUAAUACGCUAUUUAACGUCUGUGUUUGUCUUACGAAAGGAUCUUCACAUACCUCAUGAAAGCAUUGUUCGGGGGGGGGGGGGGGGGGGGGGUACUCCCGUCUGUUGGAGAGAGUAGCGCACAAUAACAACACUCCCUUGCUCUCUUCAUGUCUCUCUGGGCCACUCUUUAUCUGGUAUUG